AGCUAUCAUGUCCAAGCAUUGGGAUUCAGUUUCCUGAGUUGUGAGCUCAGGCGGUGCUCACCGCCAUGUUUUUCUGCUGCUGCACGGAGGAGAAAGAGGGCUACGAUUCCCUGCAUGUGGAAGAGAAGGAGACGAAGCUCGUGAGGUCUACCCCAGCACUGGGUUCAAGCGCUAUGCCUGAGGAGGAGAAGCAGUGCUUUCACGCCACCUUGCGCCGGAACGCAGAAGGAAAGCUGGACUUGGUGCUGGAGAAGUCUGAUACCGACUAUGUUAUGAUCAAGAAGAUCACACCAGCAUUGGCGGAAUGGAACAAGACAUGCCGGGCCGGCCAGCAGAUUGCAGUCAUGGACCGGAUCCUGGAAGUUGGGGGCAUGCCUGCGCCCGGCAAAGAACUGGCGAAGGCCCUGGAGGUGAGCUCUGCAGAGGUGACCCUUCUGCUGCAGCGCCCGCAGAUCCGCACCCUGAGACUGAAGCGCCCUGGGAAGCUGGGCAUCAUCGCGAAUUAUAUGCCCAACUACUCCCUGAAGCCGUGGAUUGAUACCAUUGCCGACGGAUUGGUGAAUAGCUGGAAUCAGGACAACCCGGAUGCCAGCGUCAGAGAGCACGAUCGGAUCAUGUCAGUGAACGGUGUGUCAAACCCUCCAGAAGACGUGGUAAUUCAGAUGCGCAAGCAGGAUGACUUGGAGAUUGUCAUCUUGCACUAUCCAUGCUAAGCUCGACGGAGCGAGGGAUUCUCUUUUGUCUCCACAUUUUCUCCUACCUGUGUUAAAAGCAGGCCAGGUUCACCUCCCAAAGGGAUGUUUCACUGAGCUAGCAGUCUGUCAGCUCCGUCUCAUCGAGACUAACGAAUGUCAUCGGAUUCCCAUGGUGUCUAUCUAUCAA